AUGGAGGAAGUUCACAUAUUGGUUGACCGAGCCCGGCAGCUCACCCUACACCGGUCCAAAGAGAAUCACGUGGAUCAAUUCGACGAGACGGUCGAUCGUCACAUCCAAGAGAUUUACCACGCAAUCUGUUCGUCGGAAGGCCUGAAGAGGAAGUUUCUGAAUUAUACGCAGAAUGAACUGGGACCCAAGGACCGGCCCGUUUCGGAGUCAUUGGAGUCACUCGACGCAUUUCGAGGAUACAUGAGAAGCGUCAAAUCGUGCGCCGAAGGGCCGCUCGCGGAAUUGGACACGCAGUAUUCACUCUCCAACUAUUUCGUGUCUUCGAGUCACAAUACCUACUUGACGGGUAAUCAGCUGUACAGCGACGCCGCUGCAGGCGCGUAUACGUCCGUCCUCCUCCGCGGAUGUCGGUCUGUCGAGAUUGACGUCUGGGAUGGCGAAACGGACGAUUCAGACUCAAGCGAUAGUGACGACAGCAGCAGUGAUGAUGAAGCAGAUGCCAACAAGACAGACUCAUCAAAUCCCUUGAAGAAGAUGAAGGCCAAAGUUACAACCCAAGGCAAUUCUGAAAAGCCCGAAGGUGGAUCUCGAAGCAUCAAAAGCAGACUGGGCGACGCUUUCCGCCGCAAGUCGGCCAAAAAGCCAACCUCAAGCACUCAAGAAACAGCUGCGGGUGACGGAUCAAAGGACCAGAGCCUACGUCGCGGUGAGCCCCGAGUUCUCCAUGGCUAUACUUUGACCAAAGCCACCUCGUUCCGCUCCAUCUGUGAGGCAAUUCGAGAUAGUGCUUUCGUUACCAGCGAUUUUCCAGUCAUUGUAAGCUUGGAAGUUCAUUGUUCAUUGGAACAGCAGCAGGUCAUGGUUGAUAUCAUGCGAGAGGCAUGGAAGGGCCUUUUGGUAGACGACACAGACUCUUCACCUGAACAGCUUCCAAAAUUGGAGGACUUGAAGAAAAAGAUUUUGAUCAAGGCCAAGUCUGCCCCUUUCAGUAGCACUGCUGCGAAAGAGGAAUUGAUCGAGACAAUUCCCAAGGAGAACGCUGCAGUGCUGCCUGAAGAAGAUGCCCACAAGGCUGCGAAGCCGUCGAAGAUCUUGGAGGCUUUAUCGAACAUGGCUGUGUACACCAAAGCUUUCUCAUUCAGUCAUUUUGACCAACCGGAGGCCAAGUAUCCAGGCCAUAUUUUUUCUCUCUCGGAGAAGGCUUGUCAGGAUGAGCACAUGAAUCAGCGGGAGCGCCUAUUUGAGCAUAAUCGCUCUUCAUUUAUGCGUAUCUACCCCUACGCAUUGCGGGUCAAUUCUUCCAAUCUUGACCCAUCCUUCUGUUGGCGUCGGGGAGCGCAGCUGGUGGCUCUUAACUGGCAGAACCUCGACAAAGCAAUGAUGCUUAAUCAUGGCAUGUUUCACACUUCUCCUGGCUGGGUCUUGAAGCCCGAUGGAUAUCGCAGCGGCGAGAACAACGUUUCUGUCGCUCCCCACCACACUCUAGACCUUGUGGUGGAAGUAUUCGCUGCACAAGAUUUAUCCCUGCCACCUGGCGACGACAACGUGAAGGGGUUUAAGCCAUAUGUCAACUGCCAGCUGCAUGUUGAGGAGCCGGACAGUCCGGUGGCUGUGGGUCAUGAUGAUGCCAGCUCUGAUUCUGAGAAGAGCAGCUUUCGUCGCUGUACCAAGAGUGCAUCUGGUGUGAACCCCGACUUUGGAGGCCAACAAUUGAUUUUCCCCACCGUGAAAGGGGUUGUAGAAGAGCUGAGUUUUAUCAGGUUCAAAAUCAAGGACGAUGAAAUCGGGCGCGACUCGUUGGCAGCAUGGGCUUGCAUUCGGCUCGAUCGACUGCGUGAGGGAUAUCGAUUCGUCCAACUUUACGACCGUACUGGCGAGCAGUCUGGGGGAUUGCUAUUGAUCCGUGUCCAGAAACAAGCGUCCUAG